CCAGUUGUCGCGCCGUCUAAGCCCAGAUCGGAUGCAGAGUAAACAUCACCACCCAACGACUCCAACGAAGAAAAAAAAUUGCAUCAUAGGCUAAAAACGGAACCUUCUAUCAGCGAAGAGAUAUGGGCUGCCGUGUGCUCCAUUUGCAUAUCUCUUCUCUUUUGCUUUAAUUCCUUUGCUUGUGCUUGCUCUCAUCGUUCCUGACCCCAAUGGUGUCUCGCUCGCGCUAAGCGCAUUCCAUGCCGUUCGUCUUUUUGCUUCGCGACCAUGUCAAGAUCCAGGACUUCAGGCUCGGCGCCUGAUUUCCUCAACCAUCGAAGGCGCAGCGUUCGCUAUUCCGACGUGCGCUCUGCCGACAAAAUGUCCUCGCCUGACCCCCUCAACGACUCGGACGGUCCGACGAUUCUCGAACCCAUCCUCUCGUCCGCAGGGCGUCGCAUCACGCGCAGCCAAAGAGGACAGCGCUUCACCGACAUGCCCAGCUCCGGCGAAAGGCACAGACUGCCGCGCAAGAGCCUCGUACACAAUUCUCCUCACGACAUUCUACCAACGGUCGAGACGUCCGAAGAUGAACUAGCCGAUACACAACGAUUGCUCUUCCCGGUAUCUUCAAGCCCGUAUCACUCGAGCCGGAAGAGGCCGCGAGCUACUACAACCGUGGUGCGCUUAAAUGACUCUAUGGCUGAAGAUGUUAGCGACAUAGAGAACCGAACCAGUAUACCCUCGCAACCGAAAACGAAACUACGAACGUCAAAUGGCACGCCGAUACCGCCUGCAGGCACAAAACGACGAGCCGGGACUCCAGUUCGCCGGAGUCCGCGACGGAGAGUGGAAGAAGUGGCCAGAGAGCUUGAAGGCGAGGCUCAAUCAGAAAUGAAUAUACCAGAGACACCCUCUCCAAAACGCAGAACAAAACCAAGCAGCUCCGGAUCCCAAGGCACAAGGUCGAACUUGGUACCAGAUGAUGCAGCUCAAGCUUCACCGACGCCUCGAAGAAGCAGCAGAUCAAGGAAGCAACUAGGCGAGCCAUCCAGCGAACUCGGCACAAUAUCAAAUCAAGACUUGAGCUCUGCCUUGCGCGGCGGCAGACGAAGACGGCAAACAUUAAUGCCACAAGAGCUGGAGGAGCUUGCCGAUGAAGUUGCUGGUAGCGACGCCCCGGGUAUUGACGACGCGUCAGAGGACGAAAUAGAGGCUCUCACUCUGCCAGACGACAUCGAACCAUCUCACGAAGCGGAAGCUCCCCAUGCCGAUUCGGACAUUUGGCUUGGUAUGGGAAAUGACGCCACUCCAAAGGCUUCCGAGCGCAAUCGCCAAACAGCAUCGCAAACCCCUACAAGGAGGUCGGCUGCAUCCCGGUCACCGUCGCUGGGGACUCAAAACGCAGCUGAUCCAUUCUCUGAGGCUGACUAUGGCUAUUUCCCCCCAGCACACAGCGAUGUGUCGUCAGCUGAUGAGGAACCGACACCAACGCGACCUGCAGAAAUGGAUACAAUUGCGCAGGGUGAAGAUUUUAGUAUGAUUUUUAUGGAUUCUAUUCCUUCGCUUCAUGAUUCAAGCCACCAUGCUGGAAAAUACAGCGAUAUUGGUGAAGAAACUAGCAUUAUAAUCAACAACACCCUCGAAUCUAUUCGCAAAGGGACAAAUCAGGAGGUCGAGACUAUUGAAGAAGAGCAAGAACAAGAACAAGAUCGCCACGAAUACAUCCUUAAUGAUCCAGCCGACGACGAAGAGGCGGAUGAUGAUCAAGCUGGUGCCGAGGCAGAAGAGGAGGAAGAUGGUGACGAUGGUGAUGUCGUGGCCGAGAUGAAUCCGUUGGAACGAGAGAUUCCUGCCAGUCCUACGCCUCCUCCUAGAGCACAGAAGCUUCCUAGUCGAUCCCCUCAACAAUCAGCCCGUACAGCAAGAGGCUCCUCUCAGACACGAAAAUCCCCUAGCCGAUCACCAGCAAAGCCUCUCUUAGUCCCACCGCCGCGAGACGCAAGAAAGACUGCUACGCCGUCGCCUCUUCGUCACAAGGUCUUGAGAAAUCAGACAAUAGAUGUUGUUAGCACCCAUGAACAUACUGAUAGUGGAUCUCAAUCAGCACCCUUGGGCGCCGAAGAGAGCCUCUUUGUCCAAGAUAGGGAGCCAGAGCAGCUGUCUUACGAAGACUCCUUCUCAGAGAUCCCACAAGAUGUGCUGGAUGCAGCAACGCCACAAAAGGAGACGCGAACAUUCACCGACGUUUACGAAUCCGACGAACAAGCUGCGGAAGACGAUAACGAGGUUGAACAAGAUUAUGAUGAGGUUAAUCAGGAACCUCUUGAGCCCUACAAUCCUGGUUUUCAGCAGACUGUUGAAGUUGAAGAAGAUGUUGACGAAGACGUUGAAAUGGGAGAUGCCAAAGGAGAAGACUAUCAACUCGACGAAGACCAAGACCAAGACCAAGACGCGGCAGAGUUUGAAGUCGAGGAGCAGGUUGUUGACGACGCUGAAUUCGAUGACGAACCGGAGGCUCAACCCCAAAUAGUCGAAGAUGACGAAGUCGAAGAUGACGAAGUCGAAAACGACGAGGUAGAAGAGGCUGCAGACGAGAGCCCUGAAGCAGAGUCCGAUAUGGAAGCCGAAGCCUUUGAUCCACAAGACGAUAAUGUUGAGGAAGAGGCCGCCAUUGGUGAAUCAGAAGCUAAGGGCGAUGCAGAAGCCGAGCUUGUUGACGAGCAGCAUGAAGACGCAGCACCUGAUGCGUUUGGUUAUCUCGCGGAUGCAGACGAGGCGCCAGCCCAAGAAGUCAGGGCUGGUGAACUCGUUGAAGAGCCCGAGGAUAUUGCGGUAGAGGCAAUGGAGGAGGAAGCCUCUGCUGAAGAGGAGUUUGAAGGCAACUUUGACGAGCUGCCAGCUGAAAUCGAGCUCAUGGGUAAUAACGGGAUUGAGUACGCACACUCGCCAGAGCACGCCAACCAGCCCGUAACGCUUGUCCUUGAGAGCGAGGCACGGGAGGAGGUGAAUCUAUAUGACGAUGAUGAGGCAAGCGAGAGCGCAGACAACGCACCUGUGUCAUACGACGAUAUAGCUCGCCACCCGUACAUCCACCCACGAUCACCAACUCCGGAUGACGAGCCUCUUCCUCUACCCAUACCUGCAAAGUCUCCAGCCUCCUUCCGAUCACAUAGACGCCAACAAUCAAUCACAUCUCCUCUUCCCCCUCAAGGUCAACACACUCAGCCGCCACAAAUUACCAUUGCGCAGCCUUCAUCAACACCCAUCGUCAAGAGCCAAACAAGCAGAAGCGUAUCCAGAUCUGCAUCCUCGAUGGAAGCCACUCCUCUGAACCAGAUGUCUUCGCCUGUCCAAGACCCUCAGUCUGUUGUUCACGAGCUCCAUGAGCGGAAUCUUCGCCCUCUCCUUUCUGCCACCGUUAGAGCUGGUAGGGCACUACAAAGUGUCACAUCAGACCCCCCUUCACCAGAUGCAGGCGAUAGACUUCUUCGAAGUCCCUUCCGUAGAUCCGGAAGUAAAGACUCUCGACACGGUUCCAAAGAACGACAAGCCGCACGAACCGCCAGUAGGAGCCCCAGCAGGUCUCUUUUCAAUACGUCUGCACCAGCACCCGUCGAUGACGAGAUGCAAAUCGAUCUCAACAGAGUGUCUCCUAAGAGUAUCUCUUCCCCUGUUGCUCCUCCCCCCGCUGAAGUCGCCGCUCCAAUUCGAACAACUGCUUCCCCAAGGUUCUCGCAGACUAGUUCGGUUAGACAGUCCCCUCCAAGUGAUGCUGCUAUGAGCUGGGUAGCCCGUGAGGGACCAAUCAGUCCUAAGCUGCGAGGUGAUAACUCGUUACGCAAUGCAUACGGUUCACCAUCGCAAAGAAAGGCACCUGCAGCCCAACCUCUUCCUCAAGUUGAUAGUGCAGCUGAUGAGAAUGAGGGUGUUCAAGCAGAGCAAGCGCCGACACAGGCGCAGACACAAGAGGAGAAUAUCAUCCGUGACGAUGAGACGGACAUUUGGGAGUUUGAGGCGCGCAGAUCUACCCCUCCCAGACAGCAGUUUGGAAGCAAGACUCUGACACAGAGUGCUCGCAAGCGUGGCGGUAUACCGAGCCCGUGGACAAGAAAGACACGGCAGAAUCUCGCCGGGUUAGGGGCAACUGUAUCAUCUGGUGUCAUGGGUUCGCAGUUGACUGCCACCACCAAGGCCAUUAACCCGGCGAUGGAGCCUGCUGACGGAGAGGAGUACUCGCUUCUAGCCCGCCGCCAAGCUGUAGAGGAAGCUGAAAGGGGUCAGAGCUCUGCUGUCAAGGCAGGCAGGUUCGACCUGUCGUCUUUCUUUUCGUCCCCUGCGGCAAUCCCAGGCAUGCUUGCGGAGAAGUUUAUUCCAGGAAUGGCGCGGCCUGCACCUGGUGGAACCAUGGCUCAGGAGGAACAGCCACCAAUGGCUCAGAUCCAGACGACGUCCAUGUUCCCUUCUGUGGCUUCGCAGCCACGAAGGACCCCGGCAAGGAGCAGACUCGAUAGCGAGUCUGACACAGCUUCAACACCUCGCCCACGAGUUCAACAUCCUGCUCAGUCGUCUCCUGAGCUUGAGCUACGACUCGAAUUAGAGCCAACGCCUGAGCCGGAGAGAGAACGAGAGCCAACACCAGAGCCCGAGGUCGAACCUGAGCCCGAGCCUGAACCCGAGCCUACGCCUCAGCCAGUCUUGCAACCGACUCCUCGAGCAAGACCUCAGAUUGUGGUUCAGCCAAGGUCAACCUUGAAAUCGCAACCGCGCCGUCCACCUCGACCAUCAAUCCGGCCAGCCCCUCGAGUCGCAGAGCCCAAGUCGCCCGCAGAACAAGCAACAACUCCCGUGAUUGCUCAGAAGCAAAACUUCACGCCGCGAACCACGCCACGAUCCACCCGCCAGACUGAUAACAGCUUCUUCCAGGGAUCUUCUGCCCGUGCGGCUGCUGCAACGCCGCCUAGAAUGCAGCUCUCACACGACGACAUCCGCCGAUGGCAGCAGGAGAUGUCCAGCGCAAGCGACGAGUCUACGGACUUUGUCAAGCCGUUCCUACGCCCCCUUCCGCCCAAGAACGCAUCGCCCAAGAAGUCCAGUUUGCGCUCUCCUCUAAAGCCUCAUACCCCUGGACGCGUGGUCGAGUUUACAAGCAGCGUGUUGUCGCCCUUGGAGCAGGCCAAAGCUCGCCAUGAGCGCCGCAUGUCCAAUGCAUCGACGCCUCAGAACCAUUCUCUCCUGUCUGGUCCGCGCGUCAGCAGCAAUGUGUCAGACAAGGAGAACCGCGAGUCGGUUGCGUCUGCGUCUGGCAGUGCGGCAUCAUCGGCACGCUCUGUCGCGGUGCCGCUGUCCCAGACUACAUGGACGAGACAGCACUGGUUGUUCCUCGACUGGCUUAUCCAGACGCGCCGGGGGGCACCGUUUGAGGAGCCGUAUGAUCGAUCGGCAGACAGGUAUCUCGGCAAGGUUGUGCGAGCGCAGGGCAUGGCGAUGGCGCUGGAGAGGUGGCAUCUUGAUUGCGUGGAUGCGUUUACGGAGGAAGUUGGCGGCUGGGAAGUUGGAUAUCUCAUUAAGAGACUAUUUGCGCUACUGCUUGGUGAAGAAAGAAGAACCCAGAGUCAGACGCAGGAACUCAUGUUCCAUUGA